UUUUCAUUUAACUGUGAAAGCGAAGAUUGCUCUGCCAUCGCAGCUCUACAUUCUGAUCUGGAUAAUAACAAAGAUGGAGUUGUCAAUGAACUGGAAUCUGCAGAUUUUUUAAAUAAAGUGGUUGCUAACCCUAAAGAACGGGUUCGAAAAGAAAAUGCUUUUCAUGCUUUUGAUACGGACGAAGAUGAUGAUGAUUUUAUUUCAGUGUCAGAAUUGCAAGCUGCUUGGAGGAAUAGCGAUGUUAGGCGUUGGUCUAACAUUGAAGUUAUUCUUUGGUUAGAAGACAGGGGAUUUAGUUCGGUAGCACCAAUCUUUAAAAAUUUCAAAAUUACGGGUAAAAAAUUGCCUGCUUUGGCUCUCAAUCAGGGCUAUCAUUUAGUUGAAAUGGGGAUUAAUAAGGACGUCGCUUUCCACUUGGCUAAUUGCAUUAUUUUGGAAAUUCUUUUUCCGAGUCGCAAUGGACGCCUUUAUGAAUUUAUUGUUUUUUAUAUUCUUCCGGGGCUUUUGUCUUUACUUUUUUUGGCCGUCGCUAUAAACUUCCGCUCGAAAAGCAAAAUUUCUGUUCUUCAUCAAGAAUUGGAACAGGCUAAAAAGUUUAUUGAAGAAGCUGAAACUAAACUAUUCAUAGAAAAAGAACAACGGCAAGAAAGAACAACUAUUAAAAACGGACAAGAUUUUGUCAUUCGGAAUUUGAUUAGCGACAUCAAAGGGAUUGUGUACGAACUUGAAAACACAACUCGCACUCACUUAGAAAGAGAAUCAAUGGAAAUUAAGAAAGAAUUAAAUCGAUUCCUCCAAAAAAAAAAUUCUUUGCUCGGUAAUUUUACUUUGGCUCACAUGGGAGGUACAACUACGUUAAGGAAACUAGCUGCUGAUAACCUAAGGGAAAUAGCGAUACUAGGAGAAAGAAGGGCCAAACUUCAGCUUUUAUUUAAAAAGCUUAUAGAUUGUAUAUAA